CAGUCUGCCGUCGUCGUCCGCACGUUGCAUACGCGUCCCGUCGUCGCUUUUGUCGCUGUUACUGUCGUACAACUGUCUGUACUGUUAUUAUUAUUAUUUUCACGCAGUAUUGCUGUGUGCAUGCGAACGUGUUCGAAGUGCAGUGCGCGUAAAAACGAAACGUCCCGCUCGAAUGCAGCGGACAACCGUGGUAUUUGGUACGUCGUUGGCGCGCGAAUGAUCGUAUUCCCAUAUUUCUGCGUCGUAAAAUUUUUCUUUUUAAAUGAAAAUUUUGUGUUAAGUACCCAUACAUAGUUCGUUCAUAGGUCGUAUAUCGUCGUAUCAUCGUAUUAUACAUCGUUACGAUCGAUUAUUUCCAUACGUCCGCUAAAAUGAUACAAGUGGCCGCGACGCCGAUGAUCGUUAAACCGAAAAUCGGAUUCUCAAUAGAGUCCAUCGUGGGCGCGGGUUCCCGAUCGCCGGCUAGGAGCGAAGGUUCUUCGGUGGCGCACGAUGAGAGCGAGGCGUGCAGCUCGGCCGCCGGAUCGCCGCUGAACCCGGGAAGUGUAUCGCCGCCGCCCCAUCAUCACCAUCACCACCACCAACAACACCAUCAGCAACACCAGCACCAGCAGUCCCAUCACGUGCACCAACAUCAGCAGCAACACGAACAGCAGCAGACUUCUGCAGCAAGCAACACCACGGUGUUCAAGCCGUCCGCAUUACCAGCCUCCGCCGGUUACGGGUCAUCGUCCGUGGCCGCUGCAGCCGCUGCCGCAGCCGCUGGACACUUGGCCAAAGGGUUGCAGUACGUGCACGAACCACUGACGCCGCCACCCGCUCACCCACAUCCUCAUCAUCCGUUCGCGUUUGCCGCAGCCGCCGCCGCAGCCGCUGCAGCUCACCACUUCCAGCCAAAUCCGCAUCACCCUCAACACCAACCCACCCGUGACACGUACCCUCUGUACCCGUGGCUGUUGUCCCGGCACGGAAGAAUAUUUCCUCACAGAUUCCCCGGCGGUCCAGACAUACCAGGAUUUUUAUUACAACCCUUCAGAAAACCCAAAAGAAUAAGGACUGCUUUCAGCCCCAGUCAACUACUUAAAUUGGAACAUGCUUUUGAGAAAAACCAUUACGUCGUUGGCGCCGAAAGAAAACAGUUGGCCCAAUCGCUGAGUCUAACCGAAACACAGGUCAAGGUUUGGUUCCAAAACAGGCGCACAAAACACAAGAGGAUGCAACAGGAAGAAGAGGCCAAGGUGCAACAACAGCAGUCGGGCGGCGGUGGCGGCCCGAAGAACUCGCAUCACGUCAACAAGUGGAAGCAGGAGACGCAGAACAGCGGUUCGGACAGCGAAAUGCACCACUAUGGCGAAGGUUCACCUCAGUCGGCACAGCACAGGGACGACGGGACGAUGCACUACGACGGGUACAGUUCCGAAGCGGACAGCGACGUCUGAACGAUGCGCGAGUUCGUGGAUGAUGUACCAACAGCGGUAUCAUCACUGGACCACGCGGUACCUCAGCCGGAGUGCAACGCGACCACUGCGAUUACCGUCUGCGCAGCCCGUUGAUGUUGUAUAAAAUAUAUCCGGAUAUAUAAUGUAUAUACAGAAGUGUAUUAUAAUUUUGUUCAAUUAUUAUUUUCCAUCUUGUACGCACAAAAAUGGAAACUGUCCAUUUUUCUAGUCAUUUUGUGUACGUCGUUGUUUUUAAAUCCUCUCUUGUGGUACAUAUAAAUACUUAAUAAUAUAUUAUAUUAUAAAUCAAAUGGAACGUUGUAAAUAAUCGAAGGUUAAAUAUGUAUAAUGCCAGUGUGUAAAUAACAUAUUUGUAGUGAGUAUAUUAUAUAUAAUAUAUAUAAAUACAAAUAACUCGCAAGUUUU